AUGCCGAACAAAAAAGCCAAGUUGCAGCAUCUGCCCACAAAGGCACCAGAAGGGGAUGCUAAGGGGUCUUCGUACUCCAACAUGUUUGCCAUGGAAGAGAGGAUGUUCAAGAGGUUGAUGAAACUUCGAAAAGAAGCUGUAGUAGAGCAUGUUUAUUAUGACCUGCUUGCAGUUUUUUUAAUGCAGGAGUUUCCAGGGAUUCACAUCCAAGAGAUCAUUACCAUGAUCAAAGAGGCCUUUGAAACUUCACCACCCCAAGUUAUGCUGCAUAAGCAAUACCAGGAUGCGGUUUUACAGGUUGAAAAAACAAUUCUUAAAUAUAAAACCCAUCCACCUUCAGACGAUCCAAUCCCCAAACCUUUCUGCCUCAGAUUUCCAACUCACGCUGAUGUUUUGAAGCAUGCCAUUUCUCUUGAGGGUCAAUGUCGACUUCUUGAUACCCAGAAAAUGGUGAUUCUGUUGGAUGAAAGCGGAAGGUGUUGCGGAGUUGGGGUCCCACGACUGGAGGAGAAUUUGCUAAGUGUUCAUCCAUCAGCAGAGAAACUUGCAAAGGAAGGUCUUGAACAUUUUGUGCAAACUAAUAAGCUCAAUACCAACUGCCACAAGAGAACCGAACAACCAUACGUUCAGAAAUCAUGGCCCACAACACCUUACCCACUGAACAAGAGCAACAAAGGAACCAAACGGAUUGCGAAGGGGCUUGAAGAAGACGCCAAAGCUGCUUCAGUAUUGUUUCAAACUUACGGGUACGGGGAAGGUGCUAAAAACUACAAAGGUGUUUCGGAUCUGAAAAUCAAACAUUACAAUAAAAAAUAG